AUGAUACAAGUAAUCACAUCAUUUAUAGAAACAUUCAAGCUUAAUGAAAAAAAAGAAUUGUUACAAUUUCUAAUUCCUAUGGUCAUUUUGGUUGCAAUUGUUGGCGAGUUAUCAAAAUGCAUUCACUCAAUGCCAUGCUUCUCAACAAAUUUCAAAGAUUCAAACAACUCCAUUAUUAACAAUCCUUUAAUUGAACUUGAUGGUAAUAUCACUGAUAUCGAAGCAAAUCCAAAAAUUUUGAAAACAUCAGAUAAUGAAAAUUCUAUAUCUCCUGAUGAACCACACAUCAAAAAUCAAUGGCUAAUUUGGUUGUCAAUGUACGCUAUAGAUGCUAUUUUAGAGCUGCUUAUAAAAAUACUGUGGGUGCUCCUUAUCGUCGGUUUUUUGAAAGUUAAAGAAUAA